UUGUCGAGUAUUUUAAAGCAAGAAUAUAAAGUUACAGGGAACUUUUUCCAACUUGUGCAGAAAAUUACACCCUGCAGAGACGCGAUGCAAACAACUUGGCUCUAAUGCAUAUGUUGCAAUGGACUGAACAGACUACCUUACUCCCUUUUCCACCUGUGCAUACGGAGUCAUUCUGGGCGAAAUGCUUCCUCUUUGUUAGUAGUUUAUGCCUGGGAGCUAGAGAUUUGAGAUCUUUCCGACAUCCUUGGGAGCACAACCUUUGGGAUACAUUCCAAAAUUUCUUCAUUCCCAGUAGCGAAGGAUACCGCUAUCUGAGAUGGAUUCAGCUAUACAAUAACUGGGCAGAUCCAUAUUCAACAAAAGCUCUAACCAACGCCACACGGCAUCUGUCAUCAAAUAUCUUCAAAUUUAUGCUUCAUGUUUGUGAGGCUUUUUUUCGAACCUACAGUGAACACCAUGGCGUCACUCUGUCACAGACAGCCAAAACGCUCAGAAAAAAAGUUGUUAAAGCGAUCCAGAAACACGAUCUUUUCAACCAAGAAGAAUGGAAUACUCUGUCAGGAGACUGGCUACAAAUACAGACACUCUACCGGUGUGCUGAUCACAAUAUAUGGAAUGUAAAAUAAUAUAUUCUUAUGCUUGCUUAUAGUGAAUUACAGCAGACGUAUAAUCAACACUCUGGGGAUCACAACAGUGACGCCAUCGAAGCCCUUGCAGGCACCUCAGGGAGCGUUCAAUUGAUUCAAUUUUCUACCUGGCUGCUUUCGCAAGCCAAACUUUAUAAUGGACGUAUAUGGUCCGUUCUGCCU